UACCUCAACCUCACUCCCUCUAUCAGCAACUGCUCGAGACCCCUUCACAUGGACUAUGACAACAGAAGAGGGAAGCCAAAAACCAAGGAAAAUGAAAAUCUCCAAACAAGUAUUAGAAUCAAAGCCAGCAGCCUGGAAGUUAAUGGCUCCAUCGUAGCAGCUACCAAUCCUAGACAGUUUGGCCUCCCUCCCCCAGUCCAUGAGCAGUACAGUGCCACGGCAAUGACAGUCAGUGACACACAGUACGAGGGAGUCAUCUCGAGGCGUAGACAAAACACCCGCGAAGAUUUAGAGUAUAGUUACGCUUAUGUCAGUCUGUCCGAGGCCAAGACAAAGUGUAUCCCAGUCUUGAUCCCCUACCUGGUAUGGUUGCCUCCGCUCAGAAUCAGUCGCGACAAUGUUGUGGAGAUCAACGAAGGUACUGGGGAGUAUGGGUGUGCUGUUCUUGCAGUCACAAAGAACUUGAGCCUGAAAGACAUGAGGCUGUCGAAGGACAACACCGAUCGCAACCUUUCCAUUCUACUAGCCUUGAAGAAACUGCACCCCAAACCGUCCCCGUGUGAACAGGAGGCCUUUGAUAGGGAGGUGGAGUUUAUGUACCAGCUGAAACACUCCAAUGUCGUCCAAUUCAUUGGGGUUUGCUACGAAACCCCUGUCUUUCUGGUCACGGAGUACAUGGAGGAAGGGGACCUCAACCAAUUCCUUCACAGGUAUUCUGAAAUUAUCCCCACGACUCCUUCCAACAAAGACCAAAUUGCCACGUCGACACUGAUCUUCAUGGCAGCCCAGAUUGCCAGCGGAAUGAAACAUCUCGCAAACCUCAAAUUCAUCCAUCGCGACCUUGCCACGAGGAAGUGUUUUGUGGGAAGUGAUUUUACCGUCAAGCUCGCCGAUUUCGGGACCAACACUCGCUACCUGUCUCACUACUACCAAAUCCGCAGUAACAUUCUCAUGCCCAUUCGCUGGAUGGCAACAGAGUGCUUCUAUGGCAAGUUUUCAGAGAAAACGGAUGUGUGGGCAUUUGGGGUUACUAUGUGGGAGCUUUUUACUCUGGCCAAGGAGGUUCCGUACCCUCAGCUCUCAGACAAGGAAGUGAUCCAGAAUUCGUUGAAGAGUGAGUAUCGCAAGUUUCCCCCCAGGCCCACUGGAUGCCCCAAGCCCGUGUUCGAGAUGAUGGAAAGAUGCUGGUGUCUGGAGGUGAAACAGCGAGCCACAUUCACAGAGCUUGAUCAGACACUGCAAGCUAUUUUAAAGUAG